AUGCGCGAAAGAGGUUUACACGAAUGCCCUAUACAACUUAGAGGUAAUGGGGAGGGUUCAGUGAUGAGGCUUGUUCGGAUGCUUGAGAUGAGGCUUGUUCGGAUGCUUGAGAUGAGGCUUGUUCCAAUGCUUGACAUGAGGCUUGUUCAGAUGCUUGAGAUGAGGCUUGUUCCAAUGCUUGACAUGAGGCUUGUUCAGAUGCUUGAGAUGAGGCUUGUUCCGAUUCUUGACAUGAGGCUUGUUCAGAUGCUUGAGAUGAGCUUGUUCAGAUACUUGAGAUGA